AUGGAGUAUGCUGCAGGCGUCCCGUUGAGCAGCGUUUGGCAGCAGCUCGCCGCCAAUGCGUCCGUUCGCAUUCUGAAUGCAUACAGCUCGACCCUCAAGGGUCUCCAAGGAAGCACCGAUUUGUAUCUUUCAGCGGGACUAUAUGGAUAUCAGUUCGCGAACGCUGCAGAACUAAUGCGCUCUUACUCUGGAUGGAACAUCUCAAGCCAACAUGACUUCGGAACCAUUCUUACGGACAUCUUUGCGAGCGUGAGUCUUUCGUUUCUGGAGAAACACAACGGCAACCCAACUUCCAAGUUCCAUGGGCAUUAUUACGCCAACUGGGAUCUGUGCAACAUCGCAAAUCUCAUGGCUGUUGGUAUCUUCACGGACAAUCAGACAAUGUACGACUACGCCACAGAAUACUUCUUGACUGGUGCUGGAAAUGGUGCCCUACCCAACUUCGCAGUCGCCAAUUUUACUGAAGAGGGCACAGGAAAGACCCUCACGCAAGGCCAAGAAGCAGGGAGAGAUCAAGGACAUGCGACUCUUGACUUUGCACUGCUCGGUGUAAUUGCACAGCAAGGAUUCAAUCAAGGAAACGAUCUGUUCGCGACAUACGAAAGCAUGAUCUUGAACGCGCAAUACAAUGUCAACCAGACAGUACCAUACACUGCGUACGACAGCUUCGAAGGCGUCCAGUACAACGUCUCAACCAAGAGUCGUGGCAACAUACGUCCUGGUUUUGAAUUGCUCGUUGCGCACUAUGAGGAUGUCAAAGGUUUGAAUGCAUCUUGGAGUGCAGCAUAUCGUGACUACGUCAAUCAGAACACUGAGCUCGGCGUGGAAGGAGGUGGCGGUAACUACGGUCCGAACUCGGGAGGGUUCGAUGCUCUUGGACACGGGACUUUGAUGUAUCGCCGGAAAUGCGACGAGGAGUGAGCAGUUCCGUCAGCCCGAACACCCAUGUACCAGACUGUGGUUUCCGUUACAAAAGCAGACUCCAUUUAUCUACGAGCCACGAACAUGCCCACAAAUGAGAUGCCAUAUGCAGCUGCAGCAAGGGAAAAUGGCAGACCCAGCCACGUGCCUCCUCAGUGGAUACCCUGAGUCAAACCCACAUUGGCUAGAAC